CACUUCUGAGUCGUGUGUUUUUACCCACUUUGGGAAAUUUAGGAAGCAGCCUCCAGACGGGGCAGUCGCCUAUAAAAGGCUGGUGCUCCUGGACGUCCUGACAUUCAAAGACGCCGCUGACCGAUUCUAGCGAUGCUCCGCAAGGGAAUCACACAGAGCUUCGGCGCCGCCGUCCACGCGCUCGGCGCCUCUCAUCUGACCGACGGCGCGGUCGCCAGGAGCAAACGGAUGAUGCUGGACAGCCUGGGAGUGGGGCUGCUGGGCACCAGGACGGACGUCUUCAACAAGGCCCUCCGGUACAGUCAGACGUUCGUGUCGAAGGAGAGGAGCAGCGUUUGGGGCCGGUCAGACAUACGUCUCCCUCCUCAUUACGCUGCCUUUGUCAAUGGCGUUGCUGUUCACUCCAUGGACUUCGAUGACACCUGGCACCCUGCUACUCACCCCUCGGGGGCCGUGCUCCCCGCUCUGCUGGCUCUGGCAGAGGCGCUGCCCAGGCGGCCGUCGGGUCGGGAGCUGCUGCUGGCUUUUAACGUGGGCAUCGAGGUGCAGGGGAGACUGCUGAGGUUCUCCAAAGAGGCCUGCAACAUCCCCGAGAGGUGGUGUAAUCCAUUCAGCCAAUUGAGCCGGAGGCAGGCGGUUACUAACCGUGGACCCUGUUGUCCUUUCAGGUUCCACCCUCCCAGCGUGGUUGGAGUGAUGGGAAGUGCUGCAGCCUCGGCCAAGCUCCUCAACCUGUCCCCGGCUCAGUGUGGUCACGCUCUGGCUAUCGCGGCCUCCUCUGCCGGGGCCCCGUUGGCCAACACUGCCACACAAACCAAGCCGCUGCACAUAGGCAAUGCCGCUCGAAGGGGCCUGGAAGCCGCUCAGCUGGCCGAGCUCGGACUGGAGGGCAACCCGGCCGUGCUGGACUUGGACUGUGGCUUCGGGGUUUACUACAAAGACUACAGUCCUUCCCCGAUGGCAGACGCUGCUUCCAGUGGGUUCAGGUGGAUUCUGGAGGACCAGGAUGUGGCCAUCAAGCGCAUCCCUGCUCACCUGGGCAUGCACUGGGUUGUGGAUGCCGCUCUGGAGGCCCGUGCAAAACUCGAAAGCACAUGUGGGGGCCUUGACCUCGGCCAGAUCCGGCGCGUCACGCUGCGAGUGCCUCCGUCAAAGUACAUCAACUGCCCACUGCCUGCGAGCGAGCACCAGGCCAGGCACUCGUUCCAGUUCAACGGCUGCUCCGCUCUGCUGGACAACAAAGUGACAGUGGCGUCCUUCAGCGAAGCUCAAAUCCAGCGUCCUGCUCUGCAGGAGCUUCUGUCCAAAGUGAAGGUGGAGACGCCUGAAGACAACCACCCCAGCUUCAACCAGAUGUACUGCGAGGUGGAGAUAGAGACGCAGCAGGGGCAGAGCUCCGCAGCCAGAUGUGACACCUUUUACGGCCACUGGAGGAAGCCGCUGAGUCACAGAGACCUGGUGGACAAGUUCAGGGCCAACGCUUCGUCAGUGCUGUGCGCGGAGGGAGUGGAGGGAGUGAUUGAUGUCAUCGGAAGCAUUGAAAACGAGAGCGAAUGCGCAACGUUGAGUUCAUAUCUGAGAAUGACAAGCACCCCCCCCAAGCAGUUCUACGGCACACGGCUUGUGUAGUGGGUGAUCCUGUACAGCAUGUAAUAUAGUUUAUAAAGCAAAUAUUUGAAGUAUUUUUUUCUGAAAUAAAGUGAACUGAACAGUGAA